GAGAGGACGAGAGAAUGCUGUUCCCAUCGACUGCCCGGCGGAUGCGGCAUUUCCGUCCGCGGGUAGCGCUGGGCGACACGGAGACUUUUACGCGGCUGGUGACUGACAUCCUGCGCGAGCACGAGAUGGUGACGGUGGACGAGUGCUGGGGGCAUUUGCAGGAGCGAGUAGAGCACGGGGAGCUCAAGAGCAAGCGCCACAUGAGGCGGCUGCUGCAGUGGAUGGGCGAUAUGCAGAUUCUGCGCAGGGAGAGCGUUCGAUCGGGCGGCCCGCCCGUGCUGCUGCUGUGGGAUGCGCCGCCAAUCCACAAGGAGCGGCAGCCGGAUCCAGAUCUGUCGCGAGAGCAGCGCGGUAGCCGGUCUCGCGAGUGGCUCUGGAAGCCCAGGAAGAUCACGCUGUGGGGGGAUAAGAAGCUGGAUUGGAUCUAGCCUGUAGCGAUCGAGUUCUUGCGUGGAGGAAGUUAUUUUGGAUUUUUUCUUUCCUUGUCCGCUGUUGCUUGAAGAAGUCGCCCAGUCUGGCUGCUUCUGGCAAGUUUGUCAACAACAGACAGGCACAGGACGACAAGUUGGCACCAUCGAAUUUAAUAGCCUCGCCACUGCCAGUGAGAUAAAUCUCUCUUCCGCGAGCCUGGGAGUGAAAGACUGGCCGCUGGGACUGUGCUACCCUGUGCUCGCUCGGACGACACAGAGAGCUUGUCACUUUUGACGACUAGAAUGAAGAUCAUAGCUUUCUUC